UAAUAUUAUCUAAUAUAUCUGGGUUAAUUGAAUAAUUUCUAUAUAUACAAAAUUUUAAUAUAACAGAGUUUUAACAAUUAGUGAUACUGGCAAACUAAAUAAUGGCAAAAAUUGUACUAGCUAUAAUUUUGCUUAUCGGUGCUAUAGUUAUUAACAUUGCUCAAGUGGACAGUCUAACAUCAUUUAGACAUCAUGGAGGAGGAGGAGGAGUAGGAGGAGGAGGACAUGGAUGUAAUUGUCCUGAAAACAAGUUCAAUGUCUAUCAACUAUUCAUACGCCAUCAGCUACCUGUACUGGCCCAAAAGUAUCAUGAUCAAUUUGAUCAAUUAAGUCAAUUGCUGAACAAACUGUUUAGUGAUCUGGGUCAGGCUAAUCUGGAUAAGGAUCUAGGAUUUAUAUUGCAAGAUGACCUGGGUAAUGGCCUGAUUAGCUCAUUGACCCGAUGUAUGCGUGCCUAUCAAGCAAUACUGGCCACGAAAAACAAACAACUAUCCGAUUUGAUUGGUUUGGCCGCCGGGCUAUUGGACACAAUAUCCCGGGAAAUACAUCAAACAUUUGAAUCGUUAACCAGUGGUAAACAACGUUCAGGUACUCCAAUAUUUACCCGACAAUUGGGCGAUCUAUUGGUUAGGCUAUCGACUAGUAUUGCCGGAGAUUUAUCAGCCAAUGAUUUACCGAAAUUUCAACAGUUGUUACCCGAUUUUUUCGGCCGAAUUGGCCGUAAUUUUGAUUGUGUAGUCCAGGAACAGGCGAAACGUUUGGCCAAAAAUAAAAUUCCCGAAGAUUUGAAAAAAAUUAAUGAAUUUUUACAGAAAUUCAAUGAUUUAAUUAAAAAGAUUAUCAAUGGUUUCAAUGGCGAAUCAAAACAACAGUAGUAUUAUAACUACUAACCCCCUAACACCCCCUCCCCUCCCUCUCUCACCUAUGGUUUACAUACACUUGCAAUGUAUACGGAAAUUUGAUUUAUUUAUUUAAUUUU